AUGCUGCCCGUAAGGAGGUAUGCAGAAAACUACCUGGCUACAGGGAUUAUUUGUCUUCUGGUGGCCACUUUCCUCCUGGUCGCAGCAAGGAUGUACAACAUCAACAAUGCGCAUGGUUGGUGGGCGUUUGAAGUCUUGCUGGGCCUUCUAGCUUUGCUGCCGGGAUGCGUGUUGUUGAACCUGAUGCCGGUGGAAGGACUAAGUGGAGUCGUCUCUCAGGCCAUCCACUCAAUCAACAGUGUCGACCAUGCCCACGAACCAAAACCGUCCUUUCUGAACCAGUUCCGGCGCACCAUGUCAACCCAAGCAGACGGCUUGCGUCGAAAGGAGUCCAACGUGGGUUCUGAUGAGCUGUCAGACGAGUUGGAUGAGGAGAACAACUACUCCUCAGACUUGGCACAGCGGUUGGCAGAUAUGGAUGCCUUUCGCCUCGGUGAACAGCAGGAUGAUGGCGAGGAAGAGGUUGACACUUCCCAACCUUCAGCAAGAGCUGAAGUGGAGUCUUCCGUUGCCUUUGACUGCUUCUCAGGGUCAGUAUUCUGUAAAGAUGUGAUGAGGGCAAGUAGUGAAAAGAUCAACGCAGUGACGAGCAGCUGCCAGAGGGUUUGGCGGGUACCGCCUGAGACACUGAAGCCGACUGUGUAUCGGAGGAGGAAAUCGUCGUUGAGCGAUCCGCAAUUGCAUGCCCCUGUCAAAGGACUGGGCGGCUAUGGCCGCUUCCUUUGUAAACCAAGCACAAGCGCUUUGGUCCGAUCUCCGACAUGGCUUGGUCUUCUCGUGAGAUUUGAGUUGGGAUCUGGCACCGAAGGCACUUCUCGUUGGACAUCCAUCAGCUGGAUAAUUAUGCCGGCUGAGUGGCCAGCCUUCUUCCAACCAACUGCCGUGGAGAUUGCUGAUGGCCAGCUCUUUGUGGCCACAGAUGGUGUGGUGCAAAAAUUCCAGUGGUCCACGCAGAGCUUCGCGCCAGUGGGACAAGCCAUGGCAGUGCCCGGAACAGCAAGAGGCCUCAGCUUGGUGGAUGGACAGCUAGCGCUAAUCAGUGACGAGGGCUACUUUGACGUCAGGGUAGUGAAUGCGUCAUGGACAAGCUCCACCUCGCCCAGUACAUCCAUUGGCGCUUUGGGCAUCCUUGAUGCUGGGCCACAGAGCUGGCCGGCUCCCAAUGCCUCGCUGCCCUCCAUCGAACGCCUCUCUGCCGCUGGUGCCUUGGGCGGUGCAGUGAUUCUCGCAAGCUCUGACAGGAUGUUGCGACUGUGCAGACGUCCAGCUUCCCCUGCAGGGCAGCUGGAGGUGUUGCUGGAGCUUCCAACGACAGGGGAGGUCACAGCCCUGCACCUUGAUGCCACGGUGUUGUGGGCGGUGCUCCGAACUCGGGAAGUCAUGGCCAUCAGCCUGGAAUCAGGUGAGACUUUAGCUCAAUUCGACGCGAACCUCCCAUCAGGAAUGCCAUAUCACAUCGGGAAUGAAGACAGCUUGCGGAGCAAGGGCCGCUGCGCUGUGGCCAGCAAAGACCUUCCAGCUGGGGAGGUGGUGCUGUUGGAAGAGCCUUGGGCCCUUGUUCUGUUUCCCGAGCAGCAAGGGUCGCGUUGUGACUACUCGCUAAAAUGUGCAGAGAAGUUACUGCGUUGCCCCUCCACUGGUCUGUGCUUUGCCGGAAAGGAAUAUCAGAAAGCCGCAGCUGAUCUGUACUACAAGGCUGAAUUGGAUGUUGCAGCUGCCAAGAGAAAAGCUCCAGCUACUUCGCUCGUGAAGCAAAGCGAAAUGAGCAGCGGCGCACCCUGGAGCUGGGCCAGUUAUUUGCGCCUUGCAUUUCGGGCCCUUCAACGAGGGGUGAGAAGUGGAACGCAGCCAUGGCUCAGCCUGCAGAGCCACUGGGAGGACUUACCUUCUUCCAAGCAGGAGUCAUUCCAGGCGAGUGCCGCACGUUGUUUGGAUGUGCUCGCUGCUGGCAUGGGUAUUCUGGCAGAGAACGCUGAGGACGUCGGUGAUGGUGCCAUGACGGAGGCGAAACAAGCCUUCCAGGCUGUAGCCAACCUCAGCGAUGUAGCACGCCUCCUAGCAGCCACAGAAGUCAAUUCCAUGACAGUGACAGAUGAGGAGGAAAGGGAGAUCGCACUUGGGCUCUACUUGCAAGGUGCUAUCUUCAAUCAUGAAGAGGAGCCCAAUUGCCUCCAGAGCUUUGUGGGGCGAAAUUUGGUCAUCCGAACUUGCAGGGCUGUGCGGAAGGGCGAUGAGCUUUGCCUCACCUAUGUGGACCCAGGGCAGCUAAGCCGUGUGCGUCAUGCCUUCCUUCAGCAAACGUUUCAUUUCACCGUGCCCAUGACCCCUGAGGCGAAGAAACGCGAUGAUAUCCUGACUGCAAUCUGCCGGGCCAAAGACUGGAAACCAGUGGCAGCUGGUGUUGGUGUCUUCCUCAGGACUCCACUGCGACCUGAACAGAGUGGACUGAGUGAAGAGAUUUUGCGGUGGGUAUGGGAGGGCGCCCCCUUGUUGCAACUUGUGCAAAGGAUCUUCGGGGUACAAAUUGGCAAAGAUCUUCAGUCCAUGAACUUGCGUGGCCGUGUGCACGUGGUGACAGGAGCAAACUCGGGCAUUGGCCGCGAGGUGUGCGAAUACUUGGUGGGUCGAGGUAGUCGGGUCUACAUGGUGUGCCGCAAUGCUGACCGAGGAAAGCAAGCCCGAGAUGAGAUCGCUGAAAAGAUUGGAGAUGGAGCAGACGUUCAUCUCAUGGUGGCAGACUGCGGCUUAGCUGCUGACAUGCGACGUGUGGCCAACGAGUUGAAGGAGAAAGAGGUGGCUGGCAUUGACUGUUUGGUGUGCAAUGCAGGUGCGAUGACUCCGAAGAGGACCCUCACUUCAGAAGGGCAUGAGGUAACGUUCGCCACCCAUUUCCUUCAUGGCACAUACUUGCUUUCACAGGAGUUGCGACCUCUGCUCAGCAGAAGUGGAGCCAGAGUCUUAGCCGUGAGCUCGGGUGGCAUGCUGAACGUGAAGUACGACCACGGCUACGCCACUGGCACCAAGGGAUCAUACGACAAACAGCUUUCAUAUGCCUACGCCAAGAGGGGCCAGGUUCUGCUUUGUGAAUAUUUGGCCAAUCAGCCCGGAGAACAAAUCACCUUCGUCAGCUGCCACCCUGGCUGGACAGAUACACCUGGCGUUGAGUUUGCCUACGGGUCCAUGAAGAAAUGGCUGCAACCCAUGCGAACCUUGUGGGAAGGAGCUGAAGGCAUUUGUUGGCUCUGUGUGGCUGACGCAGAUCAGAUCAAGGCGGGAUCUUUCUACUUGGACCGACAGCCCCAGAAGACAAUUCUGGCAUCCUGGACAUCAAACAGCAAGAAGGAAGUGGAAGAGAUGGUGGCAGCUUUGGGGGCAGCUACCAGUUGGGAUGCCUCAGAGGGUGUCCUGGUGGAGGGAGACAGGGGCGAAGAAGACGAUGCGGAGAGCUUCGUUCGAAAGGUCCACAAGCUGUGGUCGCAGGGCAAGUUCCAUGACGCCUGGCGAGAAGCCACAUCAGGCUCCGUCUUCAGACUUGGUGGAGGUCAUUCCCUGCGACUGGCUUUGGCACGGGAGCUCAUGGAUGAAGCCCUUGCGCAGGAAAGGUGGCAAGAAGCACUGGUGUUUGCGCGAGAGGUUUGCUCCUGUCAGCGCCAGAUCUACCCACCUGGUUGGCCUGUGGUUGCGCUGAGUUUGGCGCGUUUGGCCAAGCUGGAGUUCUACCAUGGCAAUAUGGUGACCUGUUGGACAUGGCAUGUGAUUUGCAAUGGGCUGGUGGAGUCGGAUAGACAGAGGGCCAUCGAACACGCAGUGAUGACCGAACUGAAGAUCACUGCGAAGAAGGGCACCGGCUUUUACAUCCGCGCAGCGGCCACUUUCCUCCGUGGCACUGAGGAGAAGCCUCCAGUGCCAUCUGUGAUUCUGAGUGGCACGGGCCCAGCCACCACAACCGUGGCAGAGACCGCACAUGCCAUUGAGAAGCAGGGCUUGGCCAAGAUCACCAAGGUGGAAACUGGAUAUCCUGCGGUGGGUGGGCAAUCUGCUGCCAGAUUAGCUGUGACCCUGACGACCGAUUGGCCUUAUCCAGAUGCCAGCAGCUAUAGCAAUUUCGACGAAGUGCUCGUGGAGAGCUAUGCGUUGGAACAGGAGAUCAGCUUUGAGAAGGGUAUCUUGCAGGGCGCCAUCGAGCUACACCUGCUAUGUGUUCAAGAGACAGAGCGCAUGGUCCUGGACACGCGCAGCCUAGAUAUCAAAAGCAUCACGGUGGAUGGGGCGCCUGGAGAAUAUCAGCUGGGCACCAAGGGCCGCAAAUCCGAAGCACUGGGAGAAGCGUUGGAGGUACCACUUCUCAAGAAGCUCUCCCCAGGGGCAAAGGCAGUGGUGCGAAUAGAGUAUGCUACAGCGCCAGAUGCCUGGAGCAGACACAAGGGAAGAAGCACCCGUAUCUCUUUACGCAGUGCCAAGCUAUUCAUGCUCGGCGUCAAGAGCAAGUACACUGCCAAGAUCACUGCUCCUUCACCCCUCACAGUGCUCAUGUCUGCAGUGCCGGACGGCGAGCCCAAGGAAGUGGAGGGUGGCAAGCGAUGCUUUUCCUUCACGCAGAAGGUGCCGAUUCCAUCGUAUUUGCUGGCCCUGGCCUGUGGAAAUUUGGCCUCACGCCGCGUGGGCCCACGUAGUCAUGUGUGGAGUGAACCAGAGGCUGUGGAGGCCUGUGCAUUUGAAUUUUCGGACACCGAGAAGUUUCUGGCCAUUGGAGAGAAGCUCUUUGGUGAAUAUGUUUGGGGCAUCUACGAUCUGCUCGUUUUGCCUCCAUCUUUUCCUUAUGGCGGCAUGGAAAACCCGUGCUUAACUUUUGUAACUCCAACUCUCUUGGCGGGCGAUCGGUCGUUGGCAGACGUGGUGGCCCAUGAAAUAACACACAGCUGGUUUGGAAAUUUAUGCACUAACCGGAGCUGGGAAUGUUUCUGGUUGAACGAGGGCUUCACAAAGUUUGGAGAGCGCAGGAUUAUGAACAACAUCCACGGACCGGACUAUGAACAGCUGCUGGUGCGGAACGACUGCCUUGACCUGGUGCAAUCCGUCGAGCUCUUUGGUGCUGGCCACGAGUUUACAAAGCUCUGCCCGCAACUGAAGGGAAUCGAUCCUGACGAUGCCUUCAGCGUUGUUCCUUAUGUGAAGGGUGAGCUCUUGCUGCUUCAUUUGGAGAAGUUGGUGGGCCAGGAGAGAUUUGAAGCCUACCUUCGGGCGCACGUGAAACGUUUCGCUGGCGGCUUCUUGACGGAAGAGGACUUCAAGAACUUCUUUCUGGAGCACUUCUCUUCAGAGCCAGCUGUGCAGAACGUGGAUUGGCAGAAAUGGUUUUAUGGAUCAGGUUUGCCUGAAUUACCGACCAUGAACUGCGUACUUGCCGAGAAGGUGGAGUUGCUCUUCUCCUCCCUGAAGGGUGGCUACGAGGGCAGUAAAGAGGACACAGAGGGAUGGUUUCCUGCGCAGACUAUGCUGCUCUUGGACCGGCUGGUGGACUACGCUCGCGAGCAAGCUGCUGCUGGCAAAGCGGAUGAGGUGCGACAACGUCUCAGCACGUGGAGCGAGGCGUAUGGCUUGGAUGCCACCAGCAAUGCAGAGAUCCGGUUCCGUUGGUUGAUUUUGGCCAUGGCAUGCCAUGACCCAUCACGAGUGGAUGCCGCCAUCGCCAUGGCACUGGAGGUGGGCAGGAUGAAGUUCACUCGCCCACUCUAUCGGGAGCUGAUGAAGGAGCCUGCUCGAAUGGCGAGGGCAAAGGCUGCCUUCGAGAAGGCCAGAGGAACUUAUCACCCGAGCCUCGUCCGAUUUUCAUCUGGGAUAUGGAUGGAUAUGGACUUAUGGAUCUUAUGGAAAUUUCAUGGACUAUUGUUGACAUGUGUUGACUACAUUUGGCUACUUGAUAGCGAUGCGGCGAUGCCAAUGGGCCAAUGCCAUAUUUUUCAAGGUGCGCGUCAUUUUCCUCGUGAAUAUGACGCAGUACCUGUAUACACGCUCAUUGAUUUCGUUGUUCUGCCAUGUUCCCCUCUCCACUUUAAAGUCAAACAAGUUGCAGUUUGGCUCAAUCAACUCCCCUACCUGGCUUGCUCCCAGUUCUUACAGAUGGAGGUGGUUUGCCUCAACGGCAAAUCCGUUUUGGUGCAGCCCAUGGAAAGUUUGCAUCAAGUGAAGACCAAAGUGGCCAAGGCCCUGGGAGCUUCCGCCGAGGCAGUAAGGAUCAGCUGUGCAGGGCAGGUUCUCUGUGGAACAGCGAGCCUGGCUGAUGCCUUGGCAGCCUUCCAAAUCUCUGAACCUGGCCCCCUUUUCGGAGUGGUGGACCGAGACAGAAUGGAGCUCUCAAGGCACUUGCGUAUCUUCAAGGAGGACUUGCAAGCCUGUAAGAAGCAAGUUGCGAAAUGGGUAGAUUUGAAGACUGAGCUGACCCGGAAACGAAGGCAGCUGUGUGUCGCAGGCACUAGUUUCAGAGAGAUCGACAGAACAAUCGAGCAAUUGAAGGGAACUUUGCCAUUGCAGCAAGAGAAGUGGCUAGUCUUUCGGCUUCCAAAGCUAGUUCGCUUGGGAGACAUGGAAGAAACAGUCGGGCACGAGGAUUUCAAGAAGCACGCUCUUUGGCGAAAAUUGGAGAACGAGAAGAUCCCCGGUUUGAGAGCAGACUUGCAGAAGGCACUGGAAGGAUCCCACCAGCAAGGGCAGCUCUUGCUGGAAUUUGAUGAGAAAGCUAAUUUCCAUGAAGAAUGGUGGGAUAUAGGCUGCGACUGCAUGUACUGCUGCCCUCCUGACGACCCUCCAAACGUCCUCCGUGAUUUAGUGUUUCUGCAGGAUUUAUGCCCCCGCCUUCUGCACCGGGAUUUGGGCAGAAAUUCAAAGCGAUCUUGGAAACAGGUGCCAAAAGAAAAGUCUGAUCAGCUUGAGCCUUACCCAUGUGACUGCUCUGACGAAUGGCCGAGACUCAGGCCUCUUAAAUCCAAGAGGAAUCAGAAGUAUAAUCGAAGUGCGAUGCGGCAUGUUAAGGCCCAGCUUAGCAAGCUGAGUCUGGGGCACUCAUCCGAGGAAUGCUAGCCUCUGCAUGCCUGGGUCAGAAAUUGUGUCACCAAACCCUACAGCCUAUGUCUGUCGUAGACAAUAGUCAAACCACAAGAUUUUGACCCAUGCCAUCCCACACUGACACACAGUCCCAUGCCGUAAAUCGCCUAUAGGUUCUGAAGGAAAGCACGCGUGAAAGAGACCAUCCUGCCCAAGACAUGUACAGUGAUGUAUAGCCUGUAUAGUGUACAGCCUGGACCUUUGGGCCUUUGGUCCUUGGUGAGGCGCAGGUGGUGACCCCCAGAGGCUCUUCAGAUGAAAAGUCAUCGAACAUGCUCGAACAAA